CAUUUCUGCCAAAAUCUACCCAAAAUGUGAAUGCGCGUUAGCCGUCUGUCUACAGCACACCAAGUCACACUGCUUUCCCUGUCCUUUGUUAUAAUUACAGCAUUAUACGAGAGACGAUCCACUUUCCAUCGUACUAAUUAGCAAUUUAGUGCGAGUUAGGGAUAUUUUAUUAAGUUCAAUAUGUACAAUAAACACCACUUGUGCGUGUAAUGUUUUUGUUGACAGACGUGGAAGAUUAUUCACUUCAGUGGUUGAUGCUACAUGUCACUGUUUAUGAUAAUUUAUGGAAAUGCUCGUGUGAAAGGAUGUUUGCUCUCUAUUGUAAGGUGUUAGAUGUAUUUCUGCAAAUAUUCCUUGCCUGUCGAGUGCAAAUAACUGGUAACUUGCGUGAAAGCAGUUUAGAUUGAAUGAUCCAAGCUUCUUCAUCAUAUCCCCGUGGUGGCUGCUAUCCACUUUGAAAACUUUGGGGAGAAGAUGAGUCGGGCAGACGACGGUCAAGAUGAAGUGCCUCUGUACCUUCAAGAUAAACCUCCUGAAGAUACUAAUAAGGACCAACCCGGCAUGUUCUCCAGGGUGGCAGGCGGCCUCUUCAGCGUCACCAAGGGUGCUGUGGGGGCCACGGUGGGCGGGGUCACUUGGAUCGGGGGCAAGAGUCUGGAUAUAACCAAGACGGCUGUCACCUCAGUGGCUGCAGUGCCAGCCGCAGGGGUAGGGCUGGUGAAGGGGGGCGUGUCCGCAGUGGCGGGUGGGGUUUCUGCUGUGGGCUCUAUGGUUGUGAGCAAGGUUCCACUGGGGGGCGCCAAGAAAAAGGAUAAGUCCGACUGAGCCACUCAGCCUGGGAGGGGUGGGGCGGGCGGACUUCUCCUGGCUGGUUGCUCUUUGUGAGUUUUAAUGCACAGCAGUGAGUGGACGACUAUUGGAAAACAGCACCGCUGGAGGCAGUGUACCACUCUGGAUCUCCCUUUCUCCUCCGGGUCGGCUGUCUCGUAUCUCACUGACUUCUGGUUUGUUUUGUCACCAGUUGGGGCUCCAGUCAGACCACCAGCAUGAUGCUGCCAGGGAAAUUCAGUACGGACAGAUUUCCCGACUAGCGUUUCAUGUGAUUUAUAUGUGGGAGUUAUUUUUGUAGCGGCUGGAACGAAGGAAAGGGCUGUUUUUGGUGAGAUGGGGAUUAUCACCCUUACACUUUGUGUGUCUUCCAGUUGUCUGUUGGCUGUCAUGCUGAUGGACAUGUGAUUGGUUGGCACUGAGCAUGAUUUGUUGCAGGGGUGGGGCAGAGGGGACACUAAGAAUUCAGGACUCGACAAUCUAAUGCCAAUCCCUGAAGACUGAUGUCUCCAUGGACCCAGUCAAUGUGUUUAUGCCUUACCAGUUUAGGACAAAGCUGAUCACCCUGCAAGACCAAGAAAUGUAUAAGAUUAAGUAGCAUUUCUGUCUUGUUCUGUUAAUUGUGUUGUGAUGUAAGUGAAUGACAGAUCCGCCCAUUGCAUCGAGUGCCAAACUGUGAUUAAACUGAACAGCCGAAAUGAACCUAUUGUACUUUUCAACACUGUUAUGAAAUUCAGGUGUAAGGUUGCGAUUUGACACUAUAUACGAGUGUGUGCGUGCUCUCACGUGUGGAAUUUAGAUUUUAUUUGAGGUUUUCCCCACUUCGUAUUUACUCAUGUUGCAACAUUGAUUUUAUUCAUGAAUUUGAUGCAUAUGAUCCAGGAGAAAUCGUACUCUGGGGGGAUCCAUCACAAGAGGACGAUGUCUUGAAUAAAAUUCCGUUUUCCUCGGUGUCUCAGUGCUUCUCAUCUCAGCAUGACUUCUUUCCUCAAACAGCAAAGAGAUUGUUAGACUUGGGGGUUUGUUUUGCUCUCGGAGAGGAUUUAACCUCUGGCUCAUUGUCCCCCCCAAUGAGAAAUUAUUAGAUGCAAACAAAAUGAUCUCUCCUGCUGAUAUUUUUAUUCCUUUCGUUUCUUGUUUUGUGUGCCAUUGUUGCUGCCAUGUUAAAAAUACAGUAUUCUAUGUUUAAUAUCAAGUGAAUGUUUCAUAGUGCAACUAUUAUAUACUAUUAGUUUCCCCCCCCAUUGGUAUAAUAAACAUUUCUUGUCAUUGA